CAGGGACGGAUUGACCAUUUGGAAACUCGGGCACUGCCCGAGGGCCCAGGGUCAGUAGGGGGCCCCAUGAGAUGCCCCUGGUACCUUUUUCAUAGGCUUUUUUGAGUUUGGGCAAGGACACAGGGUCCCAUGAUCCCCUAUUGCCCGGGGGCCCCAUGAGUUGUCAGUCCGCCCCUGGUCACAUGCGCCCAUCAUUGCUGCAUAUCAGUGCACCAUCAUCAUGCAGUGCAACCUAUCAGUGCCCAUCAGAGUUUCCGUGCCACCUCAUCAGGACCCAU